AUGAGAUGGGCCUCCUCGGUCGACUCGCCGUCCCUUGCAACAGUCGUCUCCGACCCAGCACAUGCAGAAGCCACCGCUCUAUUGGAAUCGGGUACAAAGCUGCUAGAAGAAGGAGACAUUCAAGGCGCCCUUGCAAAGUACCAAAGGAGCGUCGAAAUCAACCGGACCGCAAGCGGACUCUUCAACCUUGGCGUAACUCACUACCAUCUCAAGCAAUUCGACAAGGCCAUCGAGGUUUGGAAUCUCGCAAAUGAGAUGGACCCAGCUUCUGCCGACGUUCAUACGAACCUGGCGAGCGCAUACAUCAUGGCACCCCCUUCUCGGCCACAGUUGGCAUUGCAACAUCUUCAGAUCGCAGCGUCCCUUGCCCCAGAGGACGGCGAGAUAGCCUUCAACUUGGGUGCAGUAUUGGAAGCAUGCGGCCAUCUAGAACCCGCCCUGGUACAAUACAAGCGCAGCGUGGAGCGUGGCAUCGACAGGGCGGAGGUCAAUGUUCGCAAUUGUAGUGCUAAGAUUUUCGGUCAACGAUUAAAAGCGGCAGCAGAGAGCAAAGAGCCCAAGGAUGAGGCGUAG